AAAUCACUGUACUGGGUGCUGGGUGUACAGUGGUAUUCUAAAGUUCUGGCUCUUGUGGGGCUUUAUUGUCUAGUUAAGGGUUGGAGAAACAUCCAAAUAAAUUAAAAUGCAGGGUCCAGUGAAAGAAAUGAACAGCGUUGGGGACCUGUUCUGUAGUUUUGCAAACUACUUAAGUAAAACUUCAGCUCUGCAACUUAGGAGCUGUGUGCCUUAACACAGGAAUGGUGAAAAUGAGUUGUUGAACACGCACUAUGGGAUGGUUCCAGUUCCCGGCAAAGGGUCAUUUCAGGUCAGGUGUGUGAAUGCAGAACAGGCUGCAUAGUGACCACUGUGGCAGAGAAAAGGGGUGUCGCUGCGUCCUUUGGCACUCAAGAGGAGAAACUGGAGGGGGCCCGCGGGGAUGGGUUAGCAGCAGGAGGCGGAGCACACGUGGCAGUUGGGGGAAAACCCCUGUGGGAGGGGACUUGGCUCCUGGUCCGGUCGCACGGUCUCGGAGCUUUCCAGCCGCUAAGCGCCACGUCAAGGAGCAGCUGCCCCUCCCCUCACUUCGAGUCGCACGCGCGGAAGUAAACACCUCUACGUCAUCAGGGCGCGUCCUCGCCUUUCCCCUCCCAUCUCUUCAGAUCGGUGGACGUGCUCACCUCCGCUCGGGGCCAGGUCUAUGUCCCGGUUUCCCGCUGUCGCGGGCAGGGCGCCAAGGCGGCAGGAGGAGGGUGAGCGGUCAAGAGACCUCCUGGAAGAGCGGCCCUCGGCUGUUUCCAUCGCUGAUAGAGAAGAGAAAGGAUGCACCUCACAGGAGGGAGGAACUACUCCAACUUUUCCUAUUCAGAAACAAAGAAAAAAGCUUAUUCAAGCUGUGAGGGACAAUUCAUUCCUUAUUGUUACUGGAAAUACAGGAAGUGGUAAAACAACUCAACUCCCCAAAUAUCUGUAUGAAGCAGGGUUUUCACAACAUGGUAUGAUUGGUGUGACUCAGCCACGAAAAGUAGCUGCCAUAUCAGUUGCACAGAGGGUGGCCGAAGAAAUGAAAUGCACCUUGGGAUCCAAAGUAGGAUACCAAGUUCGAUUUGAUGAUUGCAGCUCUAAGGAGACAGCAAUCAAAUACAUGACUGAUGGAUGUUUACUGAAACAUAUUCUGGGAGAUCCAAAUCUUACUAAAUUCAGUGUCAUUAUUUUAGAUGAAGCCCAUGAGAGAACUCUAACUACAGAUAUCUUAUUUGGUUUGUUGAAGAAACUAUUUCAGGAGAAGUCUCCUAACAGGAAGGAGCAUUUAAAGGUGGUCGUAAUGUCAGCAACUAUGGAAUUAGCCAAACUGUCUGCGUUCUUUGGAAAUUGUCCAAUAUUUGAUAUACCUGGAAGGCUUUAUCCAGUCAGAGAGAAAUUCUGCAAUUUGAUUGGCCCACGAGACAGAGAAAAUACUGCAUAUAUUCAAGCGAUCGUGAAAGUGACCAUGGAUAUCCAUUUGAAUGAAAUGGCUGGAGACAUCUUGGUUUUUCUAACUGGCCAGUUUGAAAUCGAAAAAAGUUGUGAGUUACUUUUUCAGAUGGCAGAGUCUGUUGAUUAUGAUUAUGAUGUUCAAGAUACCACCCUAGAUGGCUUGUUAAUAUUGCCAUGUUAUGGAUCUAUGACAACAGAUCAACAGAGGAGAAUAUUUUUGCCACCUCCACCUGGAAUUAGAAAAUGUGUCAUCUCCACCAAUAUUUCUGCAACAUCUUUGACAAUAGAUGGAAUCAGAUAUGUGGUAGAUGGUGGCUUUGUGAAGCAGUUAAAUCACAACCCCAGAUUAGGAUUAGACAUCCUGGAGGUGGUUCCAAUUUCAAAGAGUGAGGCAUUACAGCGAAGUGGCCGAGCUGGCAGGACUUCCUCAGGAAAAUGCUUUCGAAUAUAUAGUAAAGAUUUUUGGAACCAGUGUAUGCCUGACCAUGUAAUCCCUGAGAUUAAGAGAACUAGUUUGACAUCUGUAGUUCUGACCUUAAAGUGCCUUGCCAUACAUGAUGUCAUAAGAUUUCCCUAUUUGGAUCCACCUAAUGAGAGACUUAUUCUGGAAGCUCUUAAACAACUUUACCAGUGUGAUGCUAUUGACAGGAGUGGCCAUGUGACCAGAUUGGGUUUGUCUAUGGUGGAGUUUCCUCUCCCGCCACAUCUCACAUGUGCAGUAAUAAAGGCUGCUUCUCUGGAUUGUGAGGAUCUACUACUUCCAAUAGCAGCAAUGUUGUCUGUGGAAAACGUCUUCAUUAGACCUGUUGAUCCAGAGUACCAGAAGGAAGCAGAACAGAGACAUCGAGAAUUGGCAGCUAAAGCUGGAGGAUUUAAUGACUUUGCAACUUUAGCUGUCAUCUUUGAACAAUGCAAAUCAAGUGGAGCUCCAGCUUCAUGGUGCCAAAAACACUGGAUUCAUUGGAGGUGCUUAUUUUCUGCAUUUCGUGUAGAAGCUCAACUUCGAGAAUUAAUCAGGAAACUUAAACAGCAAAGUGAUUUCCCAAGAGAGACAUUUGAAGGCCCUAAACAUGAAGUGCUACGAAGAUGUCUUUGUGCAGGCUAUUUCAAAAAUGUAGCCCGAAGAUCUGUGGGGAGAACGUUUUGCACAAUGGAUGGGCGUGGAAGCCCAGUUCACAUUCAUCCUUCCUCAGCACUUCAUGAACAGGAAACCAAACUUGAAUGGAUCAUUUUUCAUGAGGUAUUAGUUACCACCAAAGUCUACGCAAGAAUUGUGUGUCCGAUUCGUUAUGAAUGGGUGAGAGACUUGUUGCCCAAGUUGCAUGAAUUUAAUGCACAUGAUUUGAGCAGUGUGGCUCGACGUGAAGUGAGAGAAGAUGCAAGGAGAAGAUGGACAAAUAAGGAAAAUGUAAAGCAGCUAAAGGAUGGAAUAUCAAAAGAAGUCCUAAAGAAAAUGCAAAGAAGAAAUGAUGACAAAUCCAUAUCCGAUGCACGGGCUCGUUUCCUUGAGAGAAAGCAGCAGAGGACCCAGGACCACAGUGACACACUGAAGGAAACAGGCUAAGCCCUGAACCCUCCAAUUCAGGAAGUAGGAAAAGCAGCCAGGAGAUGUGUUUCUACUUUGCCAGUUAUUUCAGACAACACUACCAAGAGGAAGUGGUCAGCAGCUGUUAUUAGCCUAAGGGCUAAAAGCAAAUCAAAGCUUAUAAAUCAAAGCUCAUCAAUACUAAUAAGUGGAAUUUUCAAAGAAAAGAUUGCAUUGCCAUAGUAAUAGGCAUACAUGAAACCAAUGAAAGACAAUACAUGUAACAUUUUCCUCACUUCAAUUCUGCUGGCCUUAACUGGUAUCAAACGCUGUCAUUGAGAUAUUUUCAAAGAACAUUGACUUGUAUUUAAUCAGCGUGUAUUCCAUUUGCAUUGAAGUAUUAAAAAUUAUUUUCCUUAAAUCUCUUUAAGGCCUUCUUGUUGCUAUUAGAAUAGUGUUAUAUCAGGUAUGUGACCAUUUCCUUCAGAAGGCUGAACAUAAGAGAUUUUACUCAGCAAUACUUAGAUGUCUAACUGUUUAAUUGCUACAGAGCUUUAUAGAUAUUUAGAGAAAAGAAUCAAUUAGUAAAUAAAAUUGCCUAUGGCAGGAUUCUUUCUUGAAUUAAUAUUAAUCUUUAAAUUGAUUUUUCUGGGAUUAUACAAAUUCCUUUUUAUAUAAAAGUAUAUUGUUUAAAACAUUAGCUAUAGCCAUUAACCAAAGGACAGAUGAUAUAUAUAUAUAUAUAUAUAUGUAUGUGUGUGUGUGUGUAUGUAUAUAUAUAUAUAUAUAUUCGUUCUUUUUUAGCUGUACCUGCAUACUUAUAUCAGCACCACGUAUGUAGAUGCAACAGUGCUUUCAAACAACCGUUCCAUCGGGCCUACUCUACUGUCUCCAGCUGCUUGGGUAGGACCAAUGAAACAUCCAUUAUGUGGAUCUUGAGAUUUUCAAAGCAGUCAACACUGUUUCACAAGUGUUGCAAAUUGGAACCUUGAGGCUAGCUAGUAUCACACUCAGGCCACACUCAGCACUUACCCACUCUUGUUUACUGCCUUGUAUUCUAGUUAUCUGUGUAUUUGUCUGUCUCUUCACUAGAUUAUACGCUCCUUGUGGGCAGGGACUAUGUCUUUUUCAUCUUUGUAUCUUUCAUGGCACCUAGCAUAGUGCUUUGCACAUAGUAGUCACUCAAUGUUUGUUAAAUAAAGCUAUUAGUGUCAUUAAACUCAAAA